AAGGAUAUAUCGCAGAAACCUGCGGCACCAGCAUCGUGGCCUGUCCUCGCAGAGUAGUCCAACGCCAUGGGGAACGAACAGUCCUCGUCCGCACGCCAGCAGCAUACGCUCAUACAUCGAACUAGCUCCAGUGGAAGCUCAGGCGACAAGAGACUGCGAUCGCCGGACCAUUAUGCAGGCCUCCCAUUCGUCGUGUGGAACGGACAGCAUCACUUUGCCGAGCCUUCCAGUUACAAGUACAACAGCAGAGGGUCUCAGGUCCAAGGGCACGUCGUGUUUGUCGACCCGAUCCGGGCAGACAAUGAACUCCGCAACGCCGAUGCCUUGGCCGGCAACAUUGCCGUCGUCGAGCGCGGGGGAAGGGUGCACUUUCCAGACAUCAUUCGCCGACUGAUAAAAGCGGGCGUCACGGGAUGCAUCUUCAUCGAGCGGGAAGCAUACUUUGGGCCCAAGAUGUUGUUUGAGGGCUUCCACUCGUCAGGGCGGCAGUCCGUGGACAUCCCCAUCGUCCGGCUGUCGAAACACCACGCCGACCAAUUCAUGGCCAAGAAGCCGUCCAAGGUCGUCAUCGAGUUCCUCCGCGGCCCAGCGGCGCUCGAGCGCUUGGAGGCCGACGACAUCCCGUUCGGCAUUUCCACGGCGUCGCGGCUCGGCGAAACCGCCAUCCUGCGCUCGUUGCUCUUGUCUGCGCAAGCCAAAUUGUCGAUCAAGGAGAUUCCGCUGUCGCAUGCGCUGUGCGAUGCGGCUGAGAACGGCCACGUGGACUGUAUUGAAGUGCUGCACACGGGUGGUGUGUCGUUGAACGAGCACAAGCCCAAUGGCACAACGCCGCUGAUGGUGGCGUGUUCCGUCGACAACAUUGAAGUGGCCCGAGCGUUGGUCAUGUUUGGAGCCAACAUUGACGCAGAAGACGUGCAUGACCACACGGCGCUGAUGAUUGCGGCGCGAGAUGGGUCGGACGCGUGCUUGAAGUACUUGAUUCGAAAGGGAGGCGGGAUCAACUUGUCGCGCAAUCGGAAACGAGGCACGACGGCCUUGCACAACGCCGCUCGCAGCGGCCACGGCGACUGUCUGGCCACGUUGAUCGACGCCAAAGCCGACUUGGACGUCCCGAGCGCCAACUCGACCACGGCGCUGAUGGAAGCGGCCCGCGCUGGGAAAUUGGGCGCCGUCAAGCAACUCGCCGACGCAGGAGCGAGCUUGACAGCAAAAGAUCGAGAUGGAAACACGGCGGAAUCGAUUGCCGCGCGCGCUGGACACCAGACAAUCGAAGACUACUUGCACGAACGCGCGGAAAAUGAAUCGGUCAAGGACCAGCGACGCCACAUCGAAGAAGCGGUGGGCACGCCAGGGUUUACCGUGUUGGACCUGAUCGGCAUGUCCGACACCAAGGACGGCGUUAGCAUUGACAUCCUCAAGCGCGAAGUGCUGCGGAACCCACGGACGGUGGCGUGGUUGGAGGAGCCGCAUGUGAUUUUCGACGUCCUGCGGCAGCUCACGGCGGCGCCACCUUGCACGAAAAUAGACCCGCUCUAUGGCGCGUACAAAGCGCAUCACUUUUGCUGCCAAGUCGCGCUCUGGUACGGCGUCCAUGUAUUUGAAAGAAACGGCCACGUCGACUUGGAAACGUGCGUCGGGUACUUCAAAGUGCUGUUCAACUUUUUGUGUCGCCCGGGCGAGCUGGACCCGGUGCUCGUGAUUCUCUUCUGCGACGUGGUCAACUGUUACGUCAACCACCGCGGCCUCGGGCCAGCCAUGGUGUACUUCUUGGGCACCGAGAGCGCGCACAUUGUGCCGUGGCUGGUGUGCCACAUUGGGCUCGACUCGAUCCGCGACUCGCUCGUGUGGCUGCUCUACUCGGAUUUGUCCAAAGCUGGCCAAGGGUAUGUGGCGCAGAGCGGCCUCUUUGGGUGCAUGCUGGACCGGCUCUAUUCUUGGCAACGCACGCUCAGCUGGGGCGUGGGCACGGCGUACCAGCGCGACUCGGUCGAGAACAUUUGCUCGCUGCUCAAGUACAUCGUGUUCCCCCCUUCCGUGUGCGACGCGGUAGUGUUUGUGGAAAACCACGACUUGUCGCUGCCCCUCAUCACGGCGCGCACGCCCCCCGGCCUGCAAAACGAGCUGCUGCGGACGCUCUUGGCGCAUUUGUGCCGCACAGACCACGCGCUCCAAGUGUUUCUGGACUUGGGGUACGCCGAACUAACCAGACAAGUGUGCGCUAGCGCCAAGUUGCCGCUCGAGGAAGGCGGGGCGCUGUCUGUGCUCAUGAUGCUCAUGAGUACGUUGGGCUACCACAAAAAGAAGCGCGACGUCGCCAGCGUCGAGGGGCUGCUCCGCGAUGUCCACUGCGACCUCACGACCGUAUUGGUGCCCCGCGUGGCGUCGAUGGUCGCGCUGUGCAAACAAGUGGUGGCCAAACCAGGCAAGACCGGCAACACGCUGCUGUGCCUCGUCACGUUCCUCAAGCGAUGUAUCUUUCUCCAGCACGGUGCGCUGAAUGCGUCGUUGGCGUCGGCAGGCUGCAUGCCGGUGCUCAUGUCGAGCUUCGAGUCGAACCCGACCAACAGCAUGCUGCACCACGAGGUCACCGACAUCAUUCGGUUCGUGCUACUGGACCCCGACCAAAAGCGGCUGCCGUCGUGUCCGCUGCUCAACAGUCUGUUUGUCUCGUCCACGAGUUUGCUGCUGUUUGUGAUGAAGUCAUAUCACGCCCGGGUGCAGUACAAGGGUCACAUGACCACGAUUGCCAACAGCAUCUUUACCUUGAUCAAGUACGUAUAUCUCAAUCAUAUCCCCCAAACAUGUGUUGACAGUGGCGGAUGUUGUAGCACGCCGAGCUACAAGGACAAGUCCGCCAUCACGUGCCAGGAACUGGUGCGGCAGUACACGCUCGGGACCCCCGAGUGGGCCGAGUUUGAAACGGUGCUGGCCAAGCAGAACGCGGUGGAAAUGACGCCGCUGGGCCAGCGCCACGCGCCACUCUGCUCUGGCUGCAUCAGCUUGAAGGAGAGCUCGUCCAAGUACGUGACGAGCACGCUCGGCCACGUCGAGCGCAUGAGCGGGUACCUCGAGACCAUCUUUUCUGGGGCGGCGACAUUCCACUGCAAAGUGAACGUCACGGACGACAGCAUCUCGGGGUUUAUGUACAAGAAGGACAAGAUUCACGACCAUAUUCCCGUGCCAGAGCCCACGCGCGUGUCGUCGUUCAUCCAGUUCCCUGUGCCCAUGCCCUUUCACGCGCUCACGUUCACGCUCACGUACGUGGGACUGUGUCGCAAAUGCGACAAGUUGUGGUACUGCGACACGUUGCACAGCGGCACGGCCAACUGGACCACGCGCAUGAAGUGGGUGAUCCCGACGUCGGUCCGGAAAUGGUACUCGUUUGGGGCGUCGGCGGGGCCCGGGGGAGGAGCCCACGGCAUCCAGUUCACGACCAAGGGGUACAAGAACUUUCUCGUGAUGACCGACACGUGGGGCCGGCAGGAGCAGUGGAUCCAUGCGAUCGAGGACGCCAUCGAGGCGUCGUUGACCAACAUCCACGUGUCGAGUGCGAAUGCGCUGGCGAUUGAGAUCGACAACGACGCGGACAACAGCACGAUCGACGCCAUGAAGAAGAACGAGACGGGCACCGACGUUGGCGAAAUGCGGAAACGUGCGCAAACCGUGGGGACGACUGGCCUUACCAAAGAGCUGGAUCUAAAGAUGUUCCAGAAGAGCAUCACGUUCGACGUCAAGACGAAACCCAUGCUCGGGAUGAUCAACCGUCUGCCGCCGCGGUUCCAAACCGAUCCGAACGAAGCCGCCGGGCCAAUGGAUACCAAGGGCAGCAUCCGGCACGUCGCGUCCCUGCCAAAUUUGGCGGCAUAUGAAAAGCAAUUAAAAAAGCAGCACUAGAUAGCGUAUGAUUUUUGUAGUCCAGUGACAUUCGAACUUGUUGGAUAAUGAUACUGUACCUACACUACUUGUGG